UCGUUCGAAUCAACUUUCGAAGAUAUUCGAAAAAAGAGAGCAACACUGUUCGCCAAAUGUCAAACGCAAAGCAAAAUAAAGAAAGAAACUAAAAUCAAAACAAGAUGAAAUUGCUAACAUUUCGAUUGUGAAGUUUGUGCACUUAAGAACUCAGUAAUUGUUGUGUUAAAUAUAUUUAAUAUUAGUGAAAGUCCUUGAUAAAAAAAAUUACCAAAUGGAUUCAGUGGCGAUAUGGUUGGAAGCAGAUGAAGGCCAAGUGGCGGAACGAGUGCAAUUGAGAGCGCUUAGGGAUAAGGCCAACAUAUUCACUCUCAAUGAUAAAUGUUUUACGCAAAAUUUCCGCCUAAACAAGCAAGCGUUUCGGUACGUGCUAAAUGCCAUUACGCCGGAGUUAAGUACUCCUCGAAAAUCCACAGCAAUUCCGCCCAUUAUUAAGCUGGCCGCCGCACUGAAAUUAUUGGGGCAAGGAGGUUACCAACACCAAAUUGGCCAAGACCAACACGUAGGCCUUUCUCAGCAGUCAAUCCGUAUUUGUAAAUAUUAG